UUGUGAGUGAGCUACAGUACUGGGUAUAAAAAGAGCUGAUUUGAAGCAAUGAUCUGAAUAUUGCUCUGUUGGACAGACACACUGUGGCUGAGUUAAAUUUGGAUCUGCUGGGACAUAAUCAACAUGUGGAUUCCUGCAGCAUUCCUCCUUUUUGCGCUGGUUUUAAAUGGAGUCAGCGAGGUGAAGAGUGAUGAAUCUCUAAAUCUUGGUAGAAGAUGCCCAGCUGGCUGGAGCAAAUUUGGAUCACAGUGUUUUAAAUAUUUCAGUGAAAGGAAACCAUGGGCUGAGGCUGAGCUACAAUGCAUUGAUCACGGAGGAAACCUUGCGUCAAUCCACAGUUCAGCCACUCACAAGUUUCUACAAACCUUUGUGCAAAAACAAGCUGAUUCCAUGACUCGGACCUGGAUUGGUGGUCAUGAUGCAACUCAGGAUUUUAUCUGGCUUUGGAGUGAUGGAACAAAGUUUGAGUACAAUGACUGGCAUUCUGGCGAGCCAAAUAAUGGAGAAGGGUCUGAAAAAUGCGUUGAGAUGGCCUAUGGAGAUGAGCUCCGUUGGAAUGAUGCAAACUGCGAUACACGUCUCCCCUCUGUGUGUCACAAAUGGGCUAGAAUUGAAUUGUAAACAACCUAAAUUUGGUGAAUGUUCUUAAAUCUCAUGUCUGUCCAUCUCAGAUCUCCAAAGCCUUGAAAUAGUUACUUUUCAUAAAUAUUGCUGAAUGAAUAAAUAUUGCUGAAUGCAAAAAUAAAAUGCAAAUUUUAAAUGUA